UGCUGCGCGGGCCGGUUUAUCCAGCGCUUGGCGCCCCCCGGCGGCAACGGGGCUUCAAUGCCACGGCCUGACUGGAGUGUCCGCCAUGGAGUCGCAGAAAGAGGCGCGAACACUCCAGGAGCCCGUCGAGCGGCCGCCUGGGGCCUCAAGGUCUCAGACACCGAAGGACAAGGAGCGGCAGGAGGGCAGCGCAGUGCCGGCGGCGGCUGCACUGGGCGCAGAGGGGGACGACACAAGUGCCGACGGGCUAUGGGAGCUGCCGGUGGAGCCGGCAGAGCGAAGGCCCGAGUGCAGCCGCUGCAGCCGGCCUCAGAAAGUGUGUUUGUGUCCAUUUCUCCCAGCGCACCCUCUGCCUAUCUCUACCCACUUGUAUAUUAUUCAGCAUCCAGCAGAGGAAAACAAAGUGUUGCGGACAGUUCCUCUCCUAGCAGCGUGCCUCCCCCAGGACAAGUGCAAAGUAAAGAUCGGUCGUCGCUUCAGUGAAGAAAGAGAUCCUGAACUUUCAACUGUUUGCCGGAAGUCUGGUACAUUAAUAUUAUAUCCAGGGGCUGAAGCUGCUAAUUUGGAAGAAUUUAUAUUAGAUUCUCCUGUUUAUCCUUCUACAAUCAUCAUCAUUGAUGGUACAUGGAGCCAGGCUAAGGACAUUUUCUAUAAGAAUUCCUUGUUUCGACACCCCAAACAGCAAGAAGACUUCCAUUUGCAAGCCAGGAAGAGAGCUCUCACCAGGACCCUGACAAUGCAGUCCCCUGAACUUCUUCAAAAGAAUUAUUCUGAAUUCUUUGUGCAAUUAAAAACUAGCAUUUCUAGUCAGUAUGUAAUUCGGAUGCAGCCAACUAAUAGAUGCCUUUCUACACUGGAGUGUGCAGCUGUUGCUCUUUCCAUCCUGGAGAAAAAUAAUUACAUACAAGAGACUUUGCUUCGCCCUCUACAAGCUUUAUGCUCUUUCCAACUUCAGCAUGGUGCCCAAAUUCGCCUCAGCAAGGAACACCUUCUGAAAAAUGGAUUAUAUCCUAAACCAAUGCCAAAGAACAAACGCAAACUCAGGAAAAUGGAACUGUUAAUGAAUAGUGUUAAAAUUUAGUACAGUUGUUCAUUUGGUGCUAGCUUACCCGUCUUCAUCUAGCAAUACCAAGUUAAGUUUUCAUAUAGUGUAGGUCUGUAGGUUUUUUCACUUGGUAGCGAAGAAUGAGAAUUGCAUACUAAUCUUGCCCAGAAGAAGGAAGUAAACCAGAUAUUCAUAAAAACAAACUAACAAAAAUUCAGUGGCUUACUGAAAAGAUUUCACACUGUACAUGUUUUUUAAAGUGUACCUUUAUUACAUGUUUUCAAACCCGAAUUUGAAAUGUGAUUUACUGUUGAGCUGGGUUAGAAGUUCUUGCUUGUAAAAUAGAAGGAAAUUGUUGUGGUGGAUUGGAACAGUACUGUUUCCAUUAAUGUUUAUAAAUAAUUAGGUGUAGACCAAUAGUAUAUCUACAUCGAUUUGCAGUCCUAACAUUAUAGUUUGAAAUAAGUAGCAAAGGAAAAUUAUGAUAAUGAAGUAAUUUAUUAUUUUGUAAAAUAGCAUAAAGGAAUAAGGAAACUUUAAGUAUUGUUUAGAGGCUAAAUUUGAACUCUGCUAAUAUGAUUUAAGUGUUCUAUUAAUUGCCCUAAUUUUUAAAGAGUUACAUGUAAUUUUGAAAAAGCAAACAUUUCAUUUGCAAUCACUCUGGAUAAAUUUUUAUUUUUCACUGUUCAUUGAACAGGCUUAUUGACUAUAGUAAAGUUAUUUUACUGACUUUUUCUUAUGGAAAAUAAUAACUGGAAUGUGAUAAAGCUUAUUUUCAGAACAUAUUUCUCUAAGUAGGGCUAUUUAAAAUAACCUUUUUAAUGAGAAAAAAUUUGAGAGAACAAAUUCCUCCUGCUCUUUGGGAAAAUGUUUACCGAGAUUUUGUAUAGAAUAAGAGACAUAUAUGUAACAUAUAUUUAUGUUCAGUAUAUAUUCAGCAUAAGUCUGCUGCAAUUAUGUACACAUUUUGGCAAUAAUAGGGGAUUUUGUUUAGUCUUUGUUUAUGACUUCUAGAGUUUCCUGUAUCUAGUGUUAAGUUGUAAGGAAAAGCUAAACAUGCAAUUUAAAGGUAAGCUUGAUAACUAUGGAACAUAAGCAUAUGCCAAUGAUUAUUUCUCACAGUUUUCAUCCUCAUUUGCUUAUUAUUUACUUGGAUUAGACUCAUUAAAAGCUAUAAUGCUAGUCACAAUUAGAAUGCUAAUAUUUGGGGAAACUAUGCAGAAAGUAUUUCAAAAUGUUAAAAGUUAGAGUACUAUCUUCUGUUGUUGAUUUAUUUUUGGAUUUGAAAACAAUUAGCGCUGGCCCAGUAGCUCACACCCUGUAAUCCCAGCACUUUGGGAGGCUGAGAUGUGAGAAUUGCUUGAGCCCAGGACUUUGAGACCAGGCUAGGCAAUAUGGUGAAAUCCUGUCUCUAAACAAUUAUUAUGUUUUAAUAAUUAGCCAGACAAGGAGCUAUGCUCUUGUAGUCUGAGCUUCUUGGGAGGCUGAGGUGGGAGGAUCACUUGAACCCAGAAGGUCGAGGCUGCAAAAGUUAUGUUCAUUCCACUGCAAUGCAGCCUUACUACAGAGUGAGACCUGCCUCAAAAAAUAAACAAACAAAACCAGCUCAUUGACAGUGUAAAACACCUAAUAUCAAAUGAUUAUUUGGUUUACUAGAAAAGAAGCAGCAUAUAAUAAUAAUGUAUAAUAGUUUCUUAACAAGUGGGGCUAAAAUCAUUUUACAGUAAUUUUUCACAUUGAUAUUAAACUUCAUGAGUUUCCUUUA